GCCUUUCUUAAUUUUCUCCUCUCUCUCUCUCUCUCUCUCUCUCUCUCCCUAAUUAAUUUGAAUUUGAUUUUGAUUUUUUUUGAUAUCUCCAAAGCACGCUUCUCUUCUCCGUACGGCGUCUCCGGUGCAUCGGAUUUCAUCAUCGCCGACAUCUACGGACCCUUAAAUUACAUAAAGAAAAAAGAAUCCUUCGCCUUCGAUUCACUUCCUUCCCUCAAAAUUCUUUCCUCUCGAAUUUGAUUGACGAGGAGAUAUUUGUUAUCUUUGAUCUGUUUAUUCUCAGAUUCAAAGGCAAGGGAUCUACUCCUAAAUGUGUUGUUGAUCAACUAGUUGUUCUGAAAGGAUCACACUGAACCUCGAGGUAGCUGGACAUAUGGCUUGAAUGAUCUAAGUAUGAACGAAAGUUUCUCUGGAACGCCAAGAAGCAUGUCCUUCCAUAGAAAUAGGAUGAAAAGAGGAGCCCUUAGGCGAAGGGCUAGGGAUAUCUCGGUUAUGCUUGUUGUGCUUGUUUCUGCAACCGUAGUCAUAUGGACAUGGAAUAGAACUCCUACCUCAGCCUAUCUUCCACCUGAAAGUCACUAUUUAAAGCUGCAAACAGAAGAAAAGGUUGAUAGAAUACCUACUGUGCUGAAUACUGAAACUAAAGAUAGCUACUCAUCAGCUACUCCAUUUGUAAACAAAGAUGACAGCAAAGAGGAUUCGACCGAUAAUAAAGAUACAGACGAAGAAGAGAAACAAGUAGAAGAAGUUACUGUAAGUGAUACGAACAAAGGGAGGACACCAAUUAUAGAAGAGAAAAAGGUAGAACAAGUGGAACGUGAAGUUAUUGUAAGUGAACCAAAAAAUCAGAAGACACCAACUAGUGAAGAAAAUAAAUUAGAACAGGCGAAACAUGAGGUUGCUGUUGGUGAAGGCGAAGCUAAGAAGACGAUACAUAUUAAAGAGACUGUUUCAGAUCCACAGAGUAAUAUCCUUGCAACAGACAAAGAGAGGACUGAUGGUAGUACUUCCACAGCUCGCAUGGCGAAUCCAGCUUGCAAUUACGCGAAAGGGAAAUGGGUUGUGGACAAUCACCGUCCUUUGUAUUCGGGAUCUCAAUGCAAACAGUGGCUUGCUUCUAUGUGGGCUUGCAGGUUGAUGCAACGUACAGACUUUGCCUUUGAAAGGUUAAGGUGGCAACCUAAAGAUUGCUCUAUGGAAGAAUUUGAGGGUUCCAAAUUCUUGAGAAGGAUGAAGAACAAAACCCUAGCCUUUGUUGGAGACUCGUUGGGAAGACAACAGUUUCAGUCCAUGAUGUGUAUGAUCACGGGAGGCAAAGAGAGGCCUGACGUCCUUGACGUGGGACCAGAAUUUGGGUUCAUAACUCCCGAAGGUGGAGCUCGUCCUGGUGGCUGGGCUUACAGAUUCCCAGAAACAAACACAACGGUCCUAUAUCACUGGUCAUCUACACUCUGCGACAUAGAACCGCUCAACAUAACUGACCCCGCAACUGAACACGCUAUGCAUCUCGAUCGCCCACCAGCGUUUUUACGCCAAUACCUUCAUAAGAUUGAUGUGUUGGUAAUGAACACAGGUCACCACUGGAACCGAGGGAAGCUCAACGGUAACAGAUGGGUGAUGCAUGUUAAUGGCGUUCCCAACACUAACAAGAAGCUAGCCGCUCUUGGGAAUGCCAAGAAUUUCACAAUCCACAGUACUGUUAGUUGGGUUAACUCGCAGCUCCCUCUCCAUCCCGGUCUUAAGGCCUUUUACAGAAGCCUUUCGCCCAGACAUUUUGUGGGCGGGGAAUGGAACACCGGAGGAAGUUGCAAUAACACAAACCCAAUGUCUAUAGGGAAAGAAGUUUUGCAAGAAGAGUCGAGUGAUUACAGCGCUGGUCGCUCAGUGAAAGGUACAGGGGUUAAGCUUUUGGACAUAACAGCCUUAUCUAAUAUUAGAGACGAAGGUCACAUAUCACGGUUCAGUAUCUCGGCUUCACGGGGAGUUCAGGAUUGCCUCCAUUGGUGCUUGCCCGGUGUUCCUGAUACGUGGAAUGAAAUCCUUUUUGCGAUGAUCUAAGUUUUCAAGUUACAGCUGUUGCAUCAAUCAGGAGAAAAGUUCAGAGAAAGGGCUUGAGCCAAAUCAAAGCUUUAGCCUUUUGAUAGCUUUCUACAACACACAUUGUAGUUUUAGCGGCUUGAGGUGUAACUUAGUAAAUUUAUUAUGGUACAAAAGCAAAGCUCUGGCUAUUAUAGACGUAUUUGUCUUAUGCGUUUGCAAACGCUAACUAUACCGGGGUUUUGGUUCCGACCAUAUUUACGGAACAGAUCCUAACUCCUUAACAUUGUCUUGAAGUCAAUUAAAAGAAAUUAUAGAGUUAAUUUUGAAUUA